CAAGAUUGGUGACGAAUGGUACUCGAGAAGAAGGUAAAGUGUUGCAUUGCCGUUUACGAAAUCGCACAUCUGUGAAUUCGUUGAGGCGGACUACAUUUUUCAGUUUCCCUCUGUCGGAAUAUGCCUCCCAAAGAAAACAAGCCUCCAUCUACGGAGUUUUAUAUUAUGCUUCAAUAUUGAUAGAAAAGUCUAUCACAACCCUCUUCCUUUCGUGCAUGAAAAUCUCAAUGGCUUGUUUGUAUUAGAUGGACAUUAACAUAUGUUACCACGUCGCGGGUGUCGGAUGAAGCUUUCCAUCCUACAGCAAUAACAAAACAUCUUUUACUUUUUCUUUGAGCGGUGCUUGCCUAGGAUUCUACAACUUGCAAUUGGAAGGUGGACUGCACAUUCUUGGUAUGCCGAAAACGAUGGGAAAACAUGAAGACUUUCCAAAGGACGUAUUGGACAAAAAUUUUGGGAGAGUUCCUUUUCCUGAAAUUCUCAAAGUGCGACUCUUAUCCACAGAAUGGAACAGGAACUUUCGAACAGUGGUGAGUCAGGCAUCUCGCACAUUGCCCACGUAUUGCCCUCUUUACAUUUUGAAGGUCAUGUCGAGAUCAGGAAGAAGACAAAUCGGUGAUGGUUCAACGUGGCGUAGGAUUGGAUACGAUUGUGCCGAAGGACGCUUCAAAAAAUUGGGCAAGAUAGAUGGGUCAAAGAAGACAGUAAACCCUGGAUUGUUCUCAAGUCGUUGCGGAGCUUUGCUUGUUCAUGUGGUGUUUCAAGAACACGGAGCACUAGCAACCGUCAUCAACCAGGUUACAUGCCAGAGAAACCUUGUUUGGUUCUCUAACUUGGAAGAAAUAAUGCUUCAGCCCAUGGUAUCUUCUGUGGGAGCUGAGCACUAUGAAAUAAUCAUCUGUCACUUCUCCGAAAUAGGAGUUCCUCCGUGAACUUCUCCGUCACCGUAUACAAUUCCGUCUUCAAGGACCAUACAACGAGGUCAUACAUCUUUGACCGCGCUAUCAACAUCUUUUGUGCAAGAUCUGCUUACAAUGAUGGAGUUUUGUAUCUUCCAAAGUCCAUCUCUGCAUAUAUGGAGCAAGAUGUAAAGGUUUCACAGUUGAACAUCAAGAAUGGAGCUAUCAACGAAAUCACGGUCUGGCGAAAUGCAGGUUCCAGAUAUGUGUUCCCUGCUGUGCUUCUAUGUGGUUCCAGGGUCAUGUGAGUAUUGGUCAGCAUAUACUGGAAUGGACCACCGAUAGCGAGAGUAUUUCACGUUGAUCCGGUGUCCUCUGAGUCUAUCGCCGUCUCCACCUACGAGAUAGAACAUUUCCCAACGGAAUUGAACAUCGGAAAAAAUAAUUUUGCCUCAAGUCGUGAUUCCAUUUUCAUCACAAUCCGUGAGACUAAGAUUUGUAAGUUCUUAGUAGAUCCAUGUCCAGAUUCCUCUGUAGAUCCAUGUCCAGAUUUGGGCGUACAGAGGGCGUCCAGAUAUAGAACAGUGCGUUAUGAUGUGGACGCUAAUGUUUGGACUUCGAUUGACACCCCAUUCUGCGAAUUCCCUACUGAAGAAGAACGACGUAUGGAGGUGGAACCUUUUGCUUUUGAACCUGGUCUAAAUCCACUUGCUUCCCCGUGAAAUACUAUAAACUCAAGCCCAGCCAACAAUUUAGAUGAAACCGGCAAAGUUCACUCAACACUUGACUUGGUGGCAGCACUUCCGCUGGAUUAUGCAAAUAAUCUCUGGGAAUUCAGAUUUAGGCUGUUAAAUCUAGAUAUCAAGUAGAGUUUCUCUGUUAUGAGCUAAGAUUCUCCAUUUUUGUUCAGAAGGUGUUGAAGUACAUUCAAUUUGAUACCACCGAUUAACGGC